AUGUCUGGAGAUUCAAGCCUGGUGGGCUGCUUGGUUGAACGGCUCUCUAGCAGGCUACCGCACGUCACCGGAACGAGCAGCCCAAAUCCCCUGGAGGAUGAAGUGCUGCAUAUCACGAGGUCAACCCUCGUGGACCUCAGCAAGGCGUUCAUCGACACGAUCCUCGAGUCCCUGGUGGCAUUGCUCGAAGAUCUCGCGCGUCCCUACCACGUCGUCUCGGAACACCCAAGCCUAGUCUUGUCUUCGGAGCUCUUCGUUUUAAGCCUUGCAGCAGACUGCUGCUCUGCCCAUUGGGCCGUACAGCCCAAUUCUCGCAACAGCGGCACAGCUUUGCCGUCUUUUACUCUGGGAGAGAGGCUUGUUUUUCGAAUCUUCGACGCGCUCAAGGAUCUGCUGGAACCGAUAUCCGAAAAUUAUAUGCUCUCGGCGCAAGCUCUCCUGGACCAGAGCCCCGAGCCCGGUGCCAGUGUGGCUUUCUCGGCCAGUGGAACGCCACAAGAUACUCUUUACGAUGCCGCCGACACCAAAAACUCCCUUACUUCGUACUUGAAGGAGGUCGAAGCUCAUGUCAAAGUGCUCGUGGGAUAUGUCACAGCGUCCAGCUGGUCCCAUUCAUUUAGCUACCUCAAGAGUGUUAUAUACAGUGUCCGCGUUGCUGCGGCGGCAGAUACAGGCCCAGAAUCCGGGGGCAAUCAAGAGUCAGAGAGAGGUUCGCUCAUCAUUGUGCAGCUUGUUUCCUCUUUCUGGGUUGAUAGUGGCAGGCUUGGCUCCAUCAUUCAGGAGUUUUGUUCGAGCUAUCUUCACUUUCGAAAGUCAUAUCAGAAUGCUGUCGCUGCUGCCAUACCAUUAUUAAUAUCCCGAUGGAUUGAUCGGUAUCCGCAAGAAUUCACACACCUCCACCGCCUCCAUAGGCGGCUUGAUGGAGGCGCAGACACUCUUUUUGACAUGACACAAACCGUGACUGACGCGAGACGCAAAACGCUUCUCUUUCCUCUUCAGACGACUCUCCUUUUCCUUAUGCCCGAUGUUUUCGAGGUUGCUAGUAACAUGAGAGAGGUUAGGGGCGGCAACAUCAUGAAGAAAGUGUCCUUUCUCGAUGGGUUGCGUAAAGCCAUGAAGAAUGGAAAUGAGCAAGCAGGAUACUGUGUCAUCUCUUUGCUCCGUGCUGCUCGCCAUUUUAAUGCAGAGAGCGACUCUGCCCUUGUCAGUUAUGCAAUGGAUGUGCAGGAUGAGGUGCGGGAUGCAGUCUUUCGGCAUUCUGCUACAGGCUCGCUCUCAGCCCAGUUUGACCACAAUAUGAUCACUGCUGCUUUCAUUACUUUGGCACAUCUAAACUUGGACGUGUGCAUUGACACUGUCCUCGAUACGUGUAUCUCACCUUCAUCGCCAUACAGGUUCAAAGUUGCAGUCAUACAAGCAUGUUGUCAUCUUGCGAACUUACCAGAGUCUUCCAAGUACAAUGAACUAUUCAACGAUGCACUACCCUUCAUCCAGUCACAGCUAAAGGCUUGUGUUGCUGCUCAGUGGGACUCGGCAGCUAUUCUCAGUAAUGAGGUCAUAAACAUAGCACGCAGCAUCCUCAAGUUUCUAGGCGCUCUGCCUACACCAUUGCUGAAUGAACUGACUCGCCAAUCCCCGACAAUUGAUACUCUGGGACCAUUUAUAUUCACUGUAAUAUCCUCCAACAAGACCAUUUGCGAGACAGCAACCGAGGUUGCCGAGCGACUCUUCGCAGAACACCCAGAUGCUAUCAAGGCAUUUAAUGAGCACAGUCAUGGCGAAAUAGUUGAACUGCGGGAAACGUUCUGGACUCGAAGCUCCAAGGUCAUAUUGGAAUUAUGUGAACGAAUGGUUCACCCUCGGCUUCCUGAACUGACGACACUGCAUGAUUACCUGAAAGCUCGUCUUACCAUAUUAAAGAAUAUACCGGAAUUGACUCGACUUCCUGACGAACUCCCUGAUAUGGUAGCCGCAUCGUCAAAAUUGGAGACUGUUCUCUUAGUAUCUCUUUGCUCCGCAGAUAUUGACGUUUGUCAGCUUGUGACGUCCUGCAUUGGCCUGUUUCUCGCAGAAUGUACUUGCAUCGGUGAAUUCGCUGAGUCUGUCAAAUCAUCAGCUUCCGUUCUUCGUAACGGCGACAUUUUCCGUGAGAUUGCUUCUCCAGCUUUCCGUUUUACAGGAUUGGUUGCUUUCCAAAAGCGUAUUCGAAACCUCCUGCGUCGCAUACAGUUUCCGACAUUGGGCAUACUAAACGCUUGGGAAAUGGCAUUCGAUCGCUGGAUUUUUCUAGUCCAGAAAGUCUCUACACUCCAUCCGAAUUCUGUUGACGAUCGACUAUUGUCAGAGUGGCGAAACUUUUCAGGAUUUCUUGCGUCUCUUGGAGGGGCUUGUACUGCGUCCCAGGCGAAUGCUACAGAGGACCCUUCACUCCAAAAUCUGGCAUGGAUCGAUCGAUCCCCAGCUGAGCAGUCUGAAGAGUCCUCCCUUAAACGCUAUCUCAAGCUAGCAAUUCAGCUCCUAGCGUGUGCAAACGUCAGGGUUCGUGAAGCUAUGCGAGAGAUAUUAUCCAGCGAAGUAUCUCCUAUACUCUACCCUGCUUUAUUCAAAGCUCUUGAGUCAGAACUGGAAGUGCUAUUUGCUGGCGUCCUCGCUCCGGCAGAUACAGCUCAGGAAACCGACAUCAUAUUUGCAGAGCAGGCUGCUUCUUUACUAAAGACUUUGGUCGACAGAUUAGAAAUUCCUGCCGAUUUAGCUGCUGCUUCGUCUGUUCACUUGGGCCUAAUAACGCUGAAUUUCGCAAAGUUCAUUGAUGGAAUUGCAGACACUGCAAAUACCCUGCGUGUCGAGAUAAGGGUUUGCCAGUUGUGCGAAACUGUGACAAAGAGGAAAGAGCAUUUGAACCUUCGUGAUGACGUGCAUAUUCGAAAUCAGGUGCUUGAGUACAUCAUAGGCUGGAUUGACCGACCGCGAUCACCGCAGGUUGAUCAGACUGGGUUGACUGGGAGACAAGAUGAUCUGAGCAGAGUUCAAAAGGACCUUGACAAAGCUUGUCUAAGAGCUCUUGCAAAUCUCACUUUUCGCCUCCCUCUACAGCCCGCUGACAGCCAAUCGGACGUUGGGAUGAGCGAGAUGAAGUCUCAGAUGUUCCAUACCUACUUCAACCGAUUUCUGUCACUCUUGAAUCAUGAAUCGGCCGAAGUAAGCAGAUCGGAUCUUGCCGCAACGCUUCCUGGCCGAGACGAAGCCGUCUCUAACUCAGACUUGGCCAUUACUAUUCUUUCUAACCUGCUGAGUGCGAAUAUUGAUGUCGGUUUGAAGCAUUCCAUCAAUAUCGGAUACCAUGAUAAUGUUGAGAUUCGAACCGCAUUCGUCAAAGUUCUAUUCAAUAUCCUCGUCCAGGGAACCGAAUUCAGCAAUUUGACAGACUCGGCUGUGAGCAAAAAAUACGAGGAAGUUCUAGAGUUGAUUACAAAAGAUUUAUCAUUUUCUACGUCAAUGAGCGCCAUCUGCCCAAGUACAGAAGUCGAUGAACUCACAAUCUCCCUUUUAACUGUAUUCGAGCAGAGAGGCCUCAUUUUCGAUCUUUUUGAGGCAUUAAUUAGAGCUGAAAUAGAGCAAACCGAAAACGAGGCAGAAAUUCUGCGGCGGAACUGUGUAGCGACCAAAAUGUUGUCUGUCUAUGCUAGAUGGAAAGGCUUUGCUUAUUUACAGGGAACCCUUCACAAAGUUCUUGAACGACUCAUGCUCACAUCACAAGAUUUAGAUCUGGAGCUUGAUCCCACCAGGGUUGGCACUCAAGAAGAAUUGGAGAAGAAUGCCCUUCAGCUUCAAAUUGUUGCCAAAGUUUUCAUGGACGAUAUUUGUGCUUCUGCUUCCAAUAUACCCCCAUCGUUCAGAAAAAUAUGCAGCAUAAUUUCCGAUGCAGUUUUGCACCGUUUCCCUAACGCCAAAUACACUGCCGUUGGCGCUUUCAUCUUCCUCCGGUUCUUCUGUCCUGCAAUUGUUGCUCCGGAGGUAGAAGGACUUGUAUCUACGCCGCCGUCCAAGGAAAUGCGCCGAGGACUGCUUCUUAUCGCAAAGAUAAUCCAAAAUUUGGCCAACAACGUUCUAUUCGGGACAAAGGAGCCAUAUAUGUUUCCACUUAAUCUCUUCUUAGUCCAAAACAUUCAUGUUGUGAUAGGAUUUCUGCGUGAAAUAUCGAUUGCGCCAAGCCAAAUGGAGAUCACUGUCAACAAAAAGGCCAUUGAUUUCGGAUCUUGUGUAGCUCUACAUCGAUUCCUCUAUGACCAUUGGGACCAUCUUCGGCAAAUUCUUGUCUCCAGAGAUAGCAGAGAAUUUGUAAGAUCACCUGGAGAGCAUGCCCAUGGUCGAUCACCAGCUAUAGAGCCACUUCGCAAUCUGAUUUCGAAUCUUGGCCCACCGCCUUUGGCCAUAUCAUGGAACCGCCCUCAGAUUUCGACGAAUAGCCCGCCCUUAUAUUCACGAUUCCAGAAUUUCAUGCUUCGCAACGCUUUUCGAGGUACGGAGUCUUAUCUGACAUCUCGUGCCGUGUACGAUGGCGGCGAGAGUAAAAUUGCGAGCAGGCUCUGGCAUGAACCUUUCGGUAUCUUCAUAGACGCCACCUCUUACAAUGGAAGGAACGAUCCCCAGGACGACUUUUUCAAAAUGCUAGAUCUUCUUACUCCCUCAGAACUCGCACUUAAUCUGACAAGGAUUUAUGUUUACAACAUGAACAGUGCUUUCAGGAGAUGUUUCCGACACCUUUUGCGAGUGUCCACAAGGACGGACAGCAGUGCUUUCCAUCCAAGAAACGUAGAGUAUCAUCUGAUAGGCAGCCUUCAGGAUCUUCAGGCCCAUUUCCAUCUCAGCCAACUCCAUCUGCCAAAGGAAACGAUCAGCGUUGUAACAGAUACACGCUACAUGUUUCAACCCAUCACAAGACUUUCCAAGUCAAAGGGGAAGGUGGAGGUCGUCAUUAAGGUGGGAAGUCAAUUUGUGCAGGUAGCAACAACCAAGAAACAGGAGGUCUUGUCUGGCUUCCGCCUCAGUACUACUGUCAAUGACAUAUUCCGGCUUGGCGACGUAGAAGAAGCAACAACAUCACUGCAGUCAGAAGACGACUCUUCCUUCGGACUUCGAGCAGAUGGAGGGAAAAUUGUGAUGUACUUCACCAGUCCAAAGAAAGCGGACGUGCUUCAGACCAUUCGCAGCGCCAAGAACAAGCAUGGAAAAGAGAAUCGCACCUAUAAGCCGUUUGAGAGACUAAUGCGUCCUCAAGACGUGCCCGGUACGCUACUCAACCUAGCCUUUACUAACUUGUUGAGCUCUGAUCGCUCCCUAAGACUGGCAUCUUAUAAUCUGCUUGGAGCAUUGUGCAGAGCCUUUAAAUUUAGUGCAGAUGCCAGAUUGUCUUGUGCAAAGGAUAUCUCUGUGCCGAUUGACCCCACGAAAUUCGUAGCUGAAAUAAGCAGCAUUUUAGCAGCUGAACAGCCGCAGCUCACAUCUGACUUCUUGACCGAGUUCUUUGUCGGAUGGGAGAGCUUUCCCGAUGAACAAAAGCCGCUCAGCUUGGCAUAUAUGUCACCAUGGCUUGCCGGUCUUCGAACAAAUGUUUUGACUACUGAACAAGACAGUGAAAAAGGAAGGGAAAAAGUCGCUACACUACUGAGAAAGCUCAUCGACCUCAUUGUUCUGGAUCAACACCUUUCUUAUGCUCUACAACACUUUGUGCUGCCAUCCAUUACCGACGACGAGCUACUGCUGGACAUAUUUCUUGACGAACUCAUAAAAACCGCUCUAAGCUAUGGAGCUCAUGAAGACUCAUUAGAUAUCAUCUCACCUGUCAUUGUUGGGAUCGGUACUGCCUCUAUCCGAGGAAGGAUAUUCUCUCGGCUUCGCAAAACCCUGAACCGUUCGUCUUUGAGGCCAACGAGGUAUCUACACGACAGCCCGGUAUGGGCAGAAAUCUGCGUCCUUUUGCAAUUUUGCGUUGCACUAUCGUUUGAUAGCGGUGUUCAGUCACGGCUGUUCUUACCUGAGAUUUUCCACAUUGUAACCAUGCUGGCAAAUACAGGCGAUAAUAACGUUCGCUCACUUGUAUAUAAGCUAUUGGUCAACUCUAUCCAUUCAGUGUGUACGGCUUUCAACCUAGACGAGGCCAAACUUACAAAACUGAAGGCGGACCUUGACCUUCUCUGCGAGCCUCGGGGAGAAGCAUUUUCUUUGACAUCUGCGACCAUGCGAGACGGUGCUUCUGUCUCAACGGCACACGAUUCGAAUGCGACUUUAGCAGCGACGGAAAGUCUAACAGUCGUCUUAUUCGAUAUAUGCUCGACUGCAGCGCCUUCGGUUGAUUUAGCCAAUAGCUGGAGGUCACGAUGGAUGAGCCUUGUUGCAAGCACAGCUUUCCAGAUCAAUCCAGCCGUGCAGCCCAGGGCCUUUGCAGUAAUGGGAUACUUGGCCCGAGAAGAGGUGGAUGACGACUUACUCUACCAGGUUCUCGUUGCUCUACGUAACAGCAUUGGCCAGUUUGGUGAAGAUGGGAAUAGCGAAAUGCUGGUUUCUAUCGUUACCUCGCUGUCUAAAAUGAUGAUAAAACUACCCUCUUCAUCUCGCUACGGCCUUCAGCUGUUCUGGUUGGCCAUUUCUCUUGUUAGACUUGUACCCAUUGGCCUCUUCAACUGCACAGCUCAAUUCCUUGAAGCUGUUUUGACCAAUAUUGGUGCUAUGAACGGUGCUACAGGUGAAAAAAUAGUGUCGCUUUUACUACAAAGCCGCGCUCAGCUUGAGGAGGCAGCGCUACCGCUUGACGAUGCAUAUGGAAUCCACUUCGAUUUCGAAAACUUUCAUUUUGCAGUUUGUGCUUGCCUUGUCCGCGGACUCACUGAUACAUCAACGCGCCCGGCGGCAAUGCGCGUCCUUUCUUCCUUUUUCGAAAUUGUCAAUUCCACGCCAACGCCCCGAUCGUCCAAGGACGAUCCUACAACAGAUUCACUGCCUUAUCUUGCCCUUAUUUCGGCAAGGGGCGUGCUACAUGAAGACUAUAGAGACGGCCUCUGGAUAGCUGGGAUCAACGCUGAAGGUGUCGGUGAUACGACUGCCUUUAACAGCCGCCUAAAGAUGGAGAGUGUGAGGGAUACAGAUUUGCUGCUCAUAUCUGCUAUUGAAUUAGUUGACUUCCAGUAUCUUGAGGAGCGAGUUCAAGUCCGGAGUUUGCAAUGGCUUAACGAUAUAGCUUUGCAGCGACCUUUGGUGUUUGAGCAAUUAUGUGGUGCACUACCCCCAUUGAUUGAGGAUGUACUAUUGCAUAGCCAGGAUAGUAGUGCUCUCAAGGCUGCGAAUACUUUACUGCGGACAAUAUCAUCGAACAUUAGUUUCCAGGACAAGAUGGCCUCCACGGAUAUGCUUAUAGAUAAACUGCACAAUAUGGGUUUUGCAGGACUAUCACGAUUCUCUUCCCAGGAUCUUAGGGAAGAUAUUCGACAAGCAUGUUUCAAUUUGACUGAGAGGUUAAUUGAGUUAAUUAUCAUAUAA